AUGGCAAGAAGUGAUGACAAACCUAGCACAAGCAGUCACAGCAGAGAUUUCAAUGCAAGAAGUAAAGACAUCCCUGCCAUUAGUGUUAAUGAUGAAGAUUAUUCUUCAUAUUUAACUCUCGUGGCAUCGCUUUCUGGCGAUUCUUCAGAUGAUGAGGAUUUAAAUCAAGCUAUAAUUGCGAGCUUGGAGAAUCAGAUUGCAGAAAAAGUCCCUGUUCAAGAGAUACUGCUGGAACUAUCAAGCAAAAUUAGCACAAAACAACAGUGCAAAUUUAAUAUAAAUCGCUCUGCUGUGUGGGAGGGAGCCUUGCGUGGUUUUCAAAGGCUAUCUUAUGAUCCCAACUUGAUGAUCUGUGUGAAAUUCUCAGAUGAUAUGGGGAAAAAUGAGGAAGGGGUUGAUUUAGGUGGGCCAAGGAGCGAAUUCUUGAGACUAUUGAUGGACACCAUUGCCAGGUCAGCCAUGUUUGAGGGGAAAGAAAACUGCAAGAACUUGGCUCUUGACAGUACUGCUCUCAGAGGGGACUGGCACUACAUCUCUGGCCGAGCCAUUGCAGUGAGCUUGGUACAUGGUGGUCCACCACCUAACUUUCUGUCACCAACAGUAUUUUCUCUUCUGGUUGGAAAUUCAGCAAAUCCAGCCCUGGAAGACAUAGCUGACCUGGAACUCUUCGAAAAAGUCAAAAAGAUAUCUCAAAGUACAACCCUUGAGGACCUUGAAAAGUCAAAAGAACCUCUGCGUGACUACUUGGCCAAUGCAGGAUGCCUGAGGCCUAUGCGUUCACUAAGAGACAGGGAUCUGCUGGUACAUGAUAUUGUCAUGUUUCAGGUCAUCCACAGACCUACGGAUGGCUGCUAUCCUACAACAAUGUUUGGAUAG